CCUCUAUCUAUCAAACAAGGCCAUAUAUUGAUAUACUCCCUCUAUCCCUAAAAGAUUGUCCGAUUAACCUACAAAACCUAGAUGUAUGAGCAAUUGAGCAUGGUUGGGUUAAACUUGUAAUAAUGCUUAUACCACCCUACAAGUGCUACAACAAAGCAAUCCUUCCCCUCAUUUCCAAGCAAUACUCCUCCAAAAUCUUCCCAAAACAACCCUUUAACUUUUUAACACUCUACAAAUAUAUACCCCAACCCUUGUUCCUUCUUCUUUCUUCCUUCCCCCAAAACUUAUUACAAACCUCAAAAACUCAUCCAAAAACAACCAAAUUCUCUUCCUUUUUUUCUUUGUCUUUGUCUUUUAAUUUUUCUUCUUUUUUUUUUGUUUUAUUUUCUCUAUUUAAUAAACUAAAAUGGACUCUUCAUCAAACAUCACCACUCUCCACCACCACCAACAAUUCAACCCUAUUCUCCAACCACCACCAUCCUCCUCCCCAACCUCCCUAUCCGCCACCGUUUCAACAACAUUUUCCCGGUACGAAAACCAGAAACGCCGUGACUGGAACACCUUCGGCCAAUACCUCAAAAACCACCGCCCCCCACUCGCCCUAAACCGCUGCAGUGGGGCCCACGUGCUGGAAUUCCUACGCUACUUAGACCAGUUCGGAAAAACUAAGGUUCACACUCACCUUUGUCCCUUUUACGGGCACCCGAACCCGCCCGCCCCCUGCCCGUGCCCGCUCCGACAAGCGUGGGGAUCACUUGAUGCUUUGAUCGGACGGUUGAGAGCUGCCUUUGAGGAAAACGGGGGUAAGCCCGAUAUGAACCCGUUUGGGGCCCGGGCUGUACGGCUUUACUUAAGGGAGGUUAGGGAUUCUCAGUCUAAGGCUAGAGGGAUUAGCUAUGAGAAGAAGAAGCGUAAGCGGGUCCCACAACAAGUUCAUAAUAAUUCUACUACUACUUCCUAAAUAUAGAAGAUUAGUAGAUUACCAUUCUUCAAAUAUGGUAAUUAAUUAACAAUUACUUUUUAAUUAGUAUUUGUUGUUACAAUAAAAUGAUUAUGUGUAACUUUGUCUUACUUCAAUUUUUAGUACGGAGCAAUAGUAGGGUUACUAUUAUGGACUA